GAUAACGGAAAAGCUCCCUCGAUACUCAAUCGGCGUAAAUCGCGAAAUUUCCGGCAUAUCCGGAAAUUGUGGGAAACAGUUUUUGAUGAUCGUCGAAGUUAAAGUGUUCGGAAAAACUUAAGGUUAGGUGUAUAUCGGCGAAAACUUAUCGCACUUUACGGAUGGUUUUAAGGGAGUUUGUCGAGCAGUGAAAAGUUUUAUAUGCGGUGUAACCUGCAAGAUAAGGGUGACUUUAUCCGCAACGAAAUAAAAAUGUCGAAGCGGUUUUUGUUUUAACCCCAAAUACACAAGCCUCAGUUAUAAAACAUCGGACGGACAUGAUACAGUUCAACCCCGGCGAGAACGACAGCGUUUUACCUCGACUAGUUCUAAAUAAAGGGUAGCGAACUGGACAGCCAUGGGAGUUGAAAAAUGGCCUUUGCUCUUGGCCGUUCUAGCGGUGGAUGUGUUUGGUCGCUACAGUUUCGCUCAAGACUCCAUCGAUUUAGACCUGGGGGACGAAUCAGACAAUCUAAACGAGCUCGGGGUGUCGUUUUCUCCCUUGGAAAGUCCCCCGGUUCACUUCGCGACUGAGAAUAACAGCGUUGUGAUGGCUCAAACGGGGUCGACUGCUCUGAUUCCAUGUGUCAUCAAUAAUAUUGGGGACGGAAUGUCUUACUUUCAGGUGUCCUGGAUACGAAGGAAAGAUCGCCAUUUGCUUACUGUGGGAUUGACUACAUACAGUAGCGAUGAUAGGUAUCAAGCCAUCCACCUUCAGCAUUCAGAGGAUUGGACGCUACAAAUAAAAUUCGUACAGCAGAGAGAUGCCAGUUUGUACGAAUGCCAAGUGUCCUCACACCCUCCAACUAGUAUAUUUAUAGAGCUCAACGUCGUCGAAGCGAGGGCGGAUAUCGAAGGACCUUCCGAAAAGUACCUGAAACCAGGAAGUGGCUUGCGAUUGCAGUGCAGUAUCCUACAAAGUACCGAGCCCCCAGCUUAUGUAUUUUGGUAUCACAAUAACAGGAUGAUAAAUUACGACGUUGACCGAGGCAUCAACGUAACGACGGAGUUGAGUGAGAAAAGUAGCACGCUGACCAUUACGAACGCCGCAACACGGCAUUCGGGAAAUUAUUCAUGCGUGCCAAGCAAUGCUCAACCUGCCAGCACUUACGUGCACAUACUUAACGGUGAGAAUCCCGCCGCAAUGCAGCACGGUGGCCGAGGUCUAUCUUGGCUCCAGUGCAGUCCGUCGUCCUGGUUAAUAGUGUUUUCAUUUAUCGUUAUGAUGUGCUAGUUGCGACCAACUACCGUGUAAAAAAUAUAAAUAAAAUUUCAGAAAAUUGGUUAAUGUUGACGUUGUUACUAUUAAUAUUAAAAUAGAGCGAAUCUAAAGUCAUAGUGAUGUGUGAGCUAUUCAAUAUGAACUUUAAUCAGAUCGAAUAUUAGUAUACUAACUGUACAUUGUGGUAAUAAUAAUACUCCGAAAAAAAUAUCAAAUUAAAAUGUGG